UAAAAUUCAAACGGUAACCUAAAGAAUCCUGAACGUAGUUGAGCCGGUUAAUGAAACACGUCUAUGUUAGAAAUCAGAUCGGUUAAAACCGGUUAGAGAAUCAAGUUGAUUGGUUUGGGUUUGAUUAAUGGUAAGUAGACUUAUGGUUAGAGUAGCUUCUGUGGCCAAAAGGAUCAAAAUUGCCAAUCCCGAAAGCAAAGAUCAAAAUGAGAAAGCAAGAAUCGGAGGAGGCAAAUCGUAACGUCAAUAUGGAAACCGCAACAAGCGACCAAAGUCUCAUUACAAUUCUGGACGACAUCAAAUCUUCAAAAUCUCCGGCUGUUAUUAACUACGGUGCUUCGUGGUGUGGAGUUUGUAGCCAGAUGUUUCCUGCGUUCCAAAAGCUUAGCAACAGUUUCCAAAGGAUCAAGUUUGUUUAUGCAGAUAUUGACGAGUGCCCUGAGACCACUCUUCACAUCCGUUACACUCCGACGUUUCAGUUUUACAGGGACGGUGAAAAAAUUGACGAGAUGUUUGGAGCUGGUGAAGAGAGGCUUAAUGAUCGUCUUUGGCUUCAUUCUUGAAAAAUCAAAUUAUGAUCUCCGCAUUUUCUUUAUAAACACGUUUAUGAUAGAAUAAAGAUCUGCUACCGUGUGCUACAUAAUUGAUAAAUUGUUGUAAUACGAUAUGAACAUAUUGAUUAGCAAACAAAACAAUAGAUAGAUAUAAUAAUAAAAAAAGUUCACUAAAGAAUAAUUUUCAGUCA